GCUACUUGCUGGGAAAGAACAUUAGGAAUGCCUUUUAGUGCCUUGCUUCCUGAACUAGCUCACAGUAGCCCGGCGGCCCAGGGCAAUCCGACCACAUUUCACUCUCACCGCUGUAGGAAUCCAGAUGCAGGCCAAGUACAGCAGCACGAGGGACAUGCUGGAUGAUGAUGGGGACACCACCAUGAGCCUGCAUUCUCAAGCCUCUGCCACAACUCGGCAUCCAGAGCCCUGGCGCACAGAGCACAGGGCUCCCUCUUCAACGUGGCGACCAGUGGCCCUGACCCUGCUGACUUUGUGCUUGGUGCUGCUGAUAGGGCUGGCAGCCCUGGGGCUUUUGUGUAAGUCUGCGCUCUGGCCUGGGGGAGGAUCCUGGUUCCAAGUUUUUCAGUACUACCAGCUCUCCAAUACUGGUCAAGACACCAUUUCUCAAAUGGAAGAAAGAUUAGGAAAUGCGUCCCAAGAGUUGCAAUCUCUUCAAGUCCAGAAUAUAAAGCUUGCAGGAAGUCUGCAGCAUGUGGCUGAAAAACUCUGUCGUGAGCUGUAUAACAAAGCUGGAGCACACAGGUGCAGCCCUUGUACAGAACAAUGGAAAUGGCAUGGAGACAAUUGCUACCAGUUCUAUAAAGACAGCAAAAGUUGGGAGGACUGUAAAUAUUUCUGCCUUAGUGAAAACUCUACCAUGCUGAAGAUAAACAAACAAGAAGACCUGGAAUUUGCCGCGUCUCAGAGCUACUCUGAGUUUUUCUAUUCUUAUUGGACAGGGCUUUUGCGCCCUGACAGUGGCAAGGCCUGGCUGUGGAUGGAUGGAACCCCUUUCACUUCUGAACUGUUCCAUAUUAUAAUAGAUGUCACCAGCCCAAGAAGCAGAGACUGUGUGGCCAUCCUUAAUGGGAUGAUCUUCUCAAAGGACUGCAAAGAAUUGAAGCGUUGUGUCUGUGAGAGGAGGGCGGGAAUGGUGAAGCCAGAGAGCCUCCAUGUCCCCCCUGAAACAUUAGGCGAAGGUGACUGAUUCGCCCUCUGCAACUACAAAUAGCAGAGUGAGCCAGGCGAUGCCAAUGCAAGGGCUACUUGAGACAUUGGGAAAUGGAACAUAAUCAGGAAACACUAUCUCUCUGACUAGUACAAAAUGGGUUCUCGUGUUUCCUGUUCAGGAUCACCAGCAUUUCUGAGCUUGGGUUUAUGCACAUAUUUCACAGUCACAAGAAGUCUUAUUUACAUGCCACCAAUCAACCUCAGAAACCCAUAAUGUCAUCUGCCUUCUUGGCUUAGAGAUAACUUUUAGCUUUCUUUCUUCUCAAUGUCUAAUAUCACCUCCCUGUUUUCAUGUCUUCCUUACACUUGGUGGAAUGAGAAACUUUUUGAAGUAGAGGAAAUACAUUGAAGUAACAUCCUUUUCUCUGACAGUCAAGUAGUCCAUCAGAAAUUGGCAGUCACUUCCCAGAUUGUACCAGCAAAUACACAAGGAAUUCUUUUUGUUUGUUUCAGUUCAUACUAGUCCCUUCCCAAUCCAUCAGUAAAGACCCCAUCUGCCUUGUCCAUGCCGUUUCCCAACAGGGAUGUCACUUGAUAUGAGAAUCUCAAAUCUCAAUCAAUGCCUUAUAAACAUUCCUUCCUGUGUCCAUUAAGACUCUGAUAAUUGUCUCCCUUCCACAGGAAUUUCUCCCAGGAAAGAAAUAUAUCCCCAUCUCAGUUUCAUAUCAGAACUACUGUCCCCGAUAUUCCCUUCAGAGAGAUUAAAGACCAGAAAAAAGUGAGCCUCUUCAUCUGCACCUGUAAUAGUUUCAGUUCCUAUUUUCUUCCAUUGAUCCAUAUUUAUACCUUUCAGGUACUGAAGAUUUAAUAAUAAUAAAUGUAAAUACUGUGAA